ACGUCACAGUUGUUGGAGCUAAACAUAUACAGUCCUAGUAAAUCGAGGACAAGUGCGCCGGUUCCAUGCAAUAGCACAAUGUGUGUCAAACCAAAAAGAGGAUGCUCGUCCAGUCUCAAUGCUUGUUCUUACGAAGAAAUAUACGGCAACAGCUCAACUUCAGGGAUAUUGGUUAACGAUGUUUUGCAUUUGGGUACAAAUGUCAUUCCACAAGACAUUGUCGACGUCCCUAUUACAUUAGGGUGUGGAAAAACUCAAACCGGUUCUUUCUUGGACGGUGGUAGUAUUAAUGGUGUAUUAGGACUUGGUAUGGACAAUAUAUCGGUCCCUAGCGUUUUAGCUAACAAAGGUCUCGUCGCAAAUUCUUUCUCCUUGUGCUUUGGCUCUGAUGGACAAGGAAGAGUUGUUUUUGGAGAUAAAGGGAGUCCACUGCGAAAAACAACCCCCUUUAAUCUUCAACAAUCAAACCCGAACUAUAAUAUCACCGUGACACAAAUUGCUGUGAAAAAUAGCGCCACUACUACUGAGUUCACAGCAAUUUUCGACUCUGGCUUCGCAUUUACGUAUUUGACUGAGCCAACUUACUCAUUUAUCGUAAAACACUUAGAUUCUCUAAUAACCGAGACACGCGUUGAGCCUCAUCUUAAUUUCGAAUAUUGCUAUGGACUCAGAUCAACUCAAGAUGACUAUACCGUUCCGAAAUUGAUCUUGACGAUGAAAGGUGGAAGCCAGUUUACUGUUACUUCACCAACAUUAACUUUCGUUACAUCACUGAAUGGUGGUUAUCCGCUUGCGUAUUGUUUGGCUAUCGUCGAAAGUGACGAUAUUAACAUCAUCGGAGAAAAUUUUAUGACAGGGUACAACGUAGUCUUUGAUCGUGAGGAGAUGGUUUUGGGUUGGGAAGAAUCUGAUUGCUAUGGUAACAAGGAAAACUCUCGUACUCCAAAACCAAACGAUGUUGCACGAUUGAGUUCGAUGACUACCGGAGUACUUGUGACGGUCCUACUUGUCAUUUUAUUCCAGCAUUUCAUCAUUCUUUCUUCAUGA